AUGACUGUGGCUUUUAUGAAAACUAAAUUUAAGAAGGGUAAACCGAACAUACAACAAUAUAGGGACUACAAAAAAUUUGACCAUGAAACUUUCCGGGGGGACCUUUUUAAAUCGUUAAAUGAAACCGAUUUCUUAGGUAUUGAUCUUGAAGCAUCUUUGAACAAAGUCAUGAACACUCUUAAUAUACAUGCUCCAAAGAAAACGAAAUAUUUGAGAACCAACCAAGCACCUUUUAUGAAUACAGAGUUAAAUAAGCAAAGAAAUAAAUGUGUCAAACUAGUACAAAAAAGUAAAGAAACCUACUAUAACAACUUAGAGAUUAAAAGUGUUACAGAUAAUAAAAAAUUCUGGAACACAGUUAAACCUUGCUUUACUGAGAAAGUCAAAAACAAAGAGCUGAUAACAUUAGUUGAAAAUGGAAAAACUAUCACUGAUGACCUUGAAAUAGCAUCGAUUUACAAUGAUUAUUUGUGCAACCUUGUUCCCAAUCUUAGAAUCAAGCUAAAUGAAAAUCCACAAAAUGAUAAUAUUUUUAAUGAUAAAUCUAUUGAGAACUCGUUAUCGAAAUUUGCUAAUCAUCCAAGUGUUGUCAAAAUCAAACAGUUUUAUGGCGAGUCUGGUAAAAAGCUUUCUUUUAGACGAGUAAGCCUAUCUGAUGUUACAAAAAAAAUUAAAGAUUUGGAUAAAAAUAAAACUACACAGCACCUUAAGAACGCAGACGUCAUUCCAGUUUUCAAAAAGGAGGACCGUACGGACAAGUGUAACUACCGCCCGGUCAGUAUACUGCCUAAUAUCUCUAAGAUAUUCGAAAAAUGCUUAUACGAACAAAUUGAAGCUUUUUUUCAACCUAUUUUUAACAAGCAGCAGUGUGGUUUUUGGAGAGGUUUUAGUACGCAGCAAUGCCUUAUAGCAAUGAUCGAAAAAUACUUGUCUAAAGCUUUUGACUGUAUAAAUCACGAUUUACUUAUUGCUAAAUUGCUCGCUUAUGGGUUUGACAAGGAUGCUUUGAGAUUAAUACAUAGCUAUUUAACUGGCCGGAAACAAAGAGUUAAAAUAAACAACUCAUUUAGUACGUUACUGGACAUCUUAUUUGGUGUGCCACAAGGGUCUAUUUUAGGCCCACUACUCUUCAACGUUUUCCUGAUAGAUUUAUUUCUGAUAACGAUUGAAACUGAUAUAGCUAGCUACGCAGAUGACAACACCCCAUAUACGUAUGGGUCUGAUAAAAAUCAAGUUGUAGAAGACCUUGGAAAAACAGCAAAAAGAAUGUUUAUAUGGUUUGCUGAAAACGGUAUGAAAGCCAAUGAAGCAAAGAGCCAUCUUCUUUCUAGCUUACCACUUGAUACAAAAGCUGUCGUUGGAGACACGUACAUUGAAAACAGUGACCAACAGAAACUGUUAGGGAUAAAAAUUGAUCGGAAAUUAAAAUUUGAUUUGCAUGUAACGGACUUAUGUCAAAAAACCAGCCAAAAACUACAUGCGUUAGCGCGUGUUGCACCUUACAUGGAUACUCAAAAAAGAAGAGUUAUUAUGAAGGCUUUUGUUACCUCUCAAUUCAGUUACUGUCCUUUGAUAUGGAUGUUCCACAAUAGAACACUGAAUAACAGAAUUAAUAAUCUGCAUGUAAGAGCACUUCGAAUAAUCUAUUGUGACCAUACAUCAACAUUUAAGGAACUGUUACAUAGAGAUAAAUCAAAAACGAUACACGAAAAAAAUCUUGAAACACUAGCUAUAGAAAUAUAUAAAGCUAAAAACAAACUCUCACCGGAUAUAAUAAGUGAUAUUUUUCUGUUCCGUAGUAGCACUUAUAAUUUGAGAAAUGAAAGAGAACUUUGCUAUCGCACAGCAAAAACGUCUACUUAUGGCACUGAAACUAUCUCAAAUUUAGCGCCAAAAUUGUGGCAGAUGAUACCAUCAAAUAUAAAAACAUCUGAAACGUUGCAAGAGUUUAAGUCAAAAAUUAAGAAAUGGAAUCCAGAAAGUUGCCCUUGUAGGUUGUGCAAACUGUAUAUUAAUGGAUUAGGUUUUAUUUGA